AUGCGAGUGAGUGCAUCUGCAGUCGUUCAGUCAUCCAUUCUGAAGGCCGUGGGACCUUCUGGACAAGUUAAUUGGCCGAAUUCGCUUCCUGACGGGUUAAAGGACAUGUUUCAAUUGGUUUCGCGUACAACUGACGCUUUUCGGAGCAGAAAAAAGAAAGAAACGUUGUGAUGAGUAGGAACCAAAAAAAAAGAGGAAUGAGAAAAGUUUAGGUUCAAAAAAAGUUCAACUUUGAUAAAACCUUGUUUUAGGGGGAAUUUCAUCAUAUCUCUUAUUAAUUCCUUUGAAACAAAAAUGGAAUGACACUGUUUCCAAUUUGGAAGGAAAGUGUUCACAAAAAAAAGCAAAAACCUUUUUUUAAAGAUUUUAUAUCCUACCUCUUUUUGGAAUGCAGUUCACUUAGAAAGUUAUAAAUCAAAGUUCCGAAAAAAAUAAAGUUGAUUUAAAAAUUAUUCUUCACAUUUUUUUCUUCGUUUUAAUUUUUUUGAGAGAAUCGCAAUAUUAAAAUUGAAAAAUGAAAAAGUUUAUCUUUCCCUUCAUUAUUGUGUUAUAACAGGAGGAACUAGUGGAAAAAAAGUUUGUGGCAAGAUAAUAAGUAGAUUUCUAAAAUAGAACUGUCAACAAGAUCAUUUCUGAUACGUCGUUAUGUUCUUGUAAAAUCAAAAAUUAGGAGCAACAUUAUGAAAAAAACAACACAAUUUUUUUUCUGGAAAUCUUGAAAAAAUCAAAAAAUCAAAAUAAAAAAAACUUCUAUUCAAGCAAAACAAAUUAGAAAGUCAAAAAGUAAAUUAAAAAAUUCACUCAAAAAACAGUAAAAAAUCUUUGUUGUUCUCAAAUUUAGCAAAUUAUCACAUGUCUACAAGAAUUUUUAAAUCUGAUUAUAUAUUUCCAUAAAAAAUCUGGCAGGUGGAAAAAAACUUCAUUACAGGAAUGGAAAAAGAGGUUUGAAAAAGGGAAUAGUAAUUGAAGAAUAAGAAUUUAGCGGUUUUAGAAAUACAUUGAACACCGAAUAAAGUCUUUUUGGACUUUGAUCUUUGACUGUACUUCAGAGUCACAACUUCAUUCAAUCAAAUCAUCUCUAAAAUUUAGCUUCACAGCUUAAAUUGUACCAAGAUAUUUACAAAAAAAUAAAAAGCAAAAAAAUUUAGAAAUAUACAAGUACAAGAAUUGAGAUAAUGGGCACAAAAUAUUAUAAUAUUUCACUCGAGAAAUAACCAAGUAUGAAAAAAAUUAUUACUAAAAUACAGAAACAAGUUGUGUAUAGAGCCAUUCAACGCGAUUUUCGAAACUUCGAAACUUCUUUUUCUCACCUAAAGUUUUGGGUUGGCUCAUUCGUUCCAAUUGAAAAGGCAGGAAGUUUUGGAAAUUGUCAGAAAAUCAAACGGAAACUCUGUAAAGGACGAAUGAAAAAAAAAAACAAAAAGUUCGAUCUGCAUGGAAUUGGAAUGUUGGAAAUAAACAAAAAAAGUUUGCAAAAGCAUUUUUAAUCUGGUCGCAUUAAAAAAAUAAUAAUAAAACCUCCCUCUGAAUGAUUUUUAAUUCAAAUCGAGGAAUCUUCGGAACAGUCACAAAUGAAGUCAAAAAAUUAUGUAUCAUAGACCACGUUAUGAAUGAACUUUGCAUCAAAUUUUCAAUAAGAACUUAUAGUUUACAAAAACAAAAGUAGAUUACACCUUUUCCGGAAAAAGAGAUUUUCACAGCUCAGGCUUAGAUUUAGAUUUGAAGAAUUGAAAGUGUCAGGAGAUUCUCAGAAUAAAUUAAUAAUUCCAGUACUUUGACAGAUGCAUUGUGAAAGAAAAGGAUGGAGAGCUAAAAUACCUAAUCUUCGUCACUUGACCCAUACUUUUUGAAAGUAAGUACAUGAAGAAGCAAAAGUGGAAAGAAGUUGAUUCAACCAACAGGUGCAAGUGCAAGUGAAGCGUAAAAACGUUGAAGCGAGCCAAAAAAGAAGGGUGGUCGAAAAAGGUUGGGUAAAAGGGGAAAAAAAACAAGAAGCCUAAUUGCAUGGUAAGGUGCGAGGAAAAGCUGACACGAGAGAGGUUAAGCGGCCUCAAUUCGACAAGCUGCCUGCGCCCAUGGCGGCUAUCUAUCGACACAACGGAGGGAGAGCCGAAGGCCUCCGCCGCGCCAGCAGCAGAAACAUGCAGCACAUCGAUUCUGUCUCGCUCCGUGGACGGCAUCUGCCCAUCGCCUUCUAUUUCUUCGCCUUCAAUUUUCUUACGCUCCACUCCGAACCGAACCCAAGGCAAACCAAGCCAAGCCAAGCCAAGCCAACGGCUUCUUCUUCUUUUUCGUCUUCUUCUUCUUUUUCUUCUUCUGGCGCGGCCUCGACGCGUACUUCUCGAAGCUCACCGAAAACGCUCACACUCCCAAAUAUACACACAAAAACACACACACACGUCUAA